GGUGUGAGUGCAGUCCAGGCGAGGGACAGGGGACAACUGGUCUUCCUGGAGGGUCUGAAGGAGUGUCUGUCUGUGUUGGUCCCUGAGGACAAUGGGACAGGAGAUGGACCCCUGGACUUCCUCAGGGAUUCCGCUGUGGGACUGAGGAGUCUGUACCAGUUUGUCCAAUCCAGUGUGAGUGUUCCUGAUGGUGGGCGGGGACAGUGGGGUCCCCCAGUGCUGCUGGUGGACGACCUCAGUGUCCUGCUGAGUCUUGGGGUGGAUGUCAACAACCUGCUGGACUUCAGUCACUACUGCCGAGCCACUGUCUGCUCCCAGAGACAGGGUAACGUGGUGAUGCUGGUCCGCUGUGAUGAGGAGGAAGAGGAGGAGGAUGCUGCUGAUGAAGGCUCAGAGAGACUCCUGACGGGUCUGACCCACCAGAGCAGCCUCAUGCUGCACGUACAGGGUCUCCCCACCGGAUACUGCAGGGACAUACACGGACAGGUAGAGGUGUCCUGGAGGCGGAGGCGAGCUGAUGGUCAGCAGCCGCAGAAGAAACUCUUCCAGUACAAAGUCCACGAUAAAGGAGCGUCCUUCUUUGCUCCAGGGACGUCCAGCGCCGUCCUCUAGUCCCACCUGUGGACAUAUUUGUUUUUACAUGUCAAAACUGACUGUUUGAAUAUGAGCACACCACACACACACACACACACACACACACACACACACACACACACACACACACACACACA